UGGCAUCAGGAGGGUGAUAAAGGGCCUUCGUUUGGCAUCUGGCGUCAGUGCCUCUGCUGGCGCCGUUCACGUGGCCGGUCCUUGCAAGAAAGCAUGCAGCUCCUUGGCCGGGCGUGGGCGUGCAUCUGCGCCCUUGCGCUGGCGGCGCGGCUUCUGACGGCCGACGCCACGCAGGUGCGGGUGCGCCGCGGGGGGUACGAGGGCGUGGUCGUCGCCAUUUCGCCGGAGGUUUCCGAGUCAGCGGCGCUCGUCGACGCCAUCAAAAACAAGGUCAGGGCUGCUUCUCAUCUUCUCUUCGACGCCACUCGCAAGACAGUCUUCUUCAGGCACGUGACCAUCCUCUUGCCCAAGACGUGGCGUGGCGUGGAACCCGAUUCUCACGGCGGGGGAACGUCCUACGAGGAGAGCGCCAUCCGCGUUGCUCCCGCCAGCCCCGCCCACGGCCACCAGCCCUACACUCUGCAGCCGGGAGAGUGCGGCAGUCCGGGGAAGUUUUCUCACUUCACGCCGGAUAUUCUCACUGACGAAGGCCUCAGCGACGUGUGGGGGCCGCCGGAGAAGCUGAUGGUGCUAGAGUGGGCCAAGCUGCGCUGGGGCGUGUUUGACGAAGUGGGCUACCGAGACGACGAACAGUUUCCGCUCUAUUAUCGACCCGACUUUGAAGGAGAAGACUACGACGACGAAGAAGGAGAAAACAGCGUCAAAGAGGAAAACAGAGGCAUCGGCAAAGAAGAACCUGAAUUCGAGGAAACACUGACUACAGAUGACUCACUAGACGGGGUCCGGGUGGAGAGGAAGGCCCUAGAGGAGAGGAAGGCCCGUCUGACUGCCAACCUCUGCGCAGCCGGCAAUCUCGAAGGCCGAUACGUGAAUCCCCAGACGGGCGAGGAGUGCAUCCGGCAGGAGGAAAAGUGCGACUUCCUGGUGAAGGAUUUUCGAGCUAAUCUGUGGCCAGUGUCCCUGGACGAGGAAUGGAGGCGAAAGGCAGACGUCGCCUUCUGUGACGACGAAGAGCACUCCGCCUUCCGCCACAACAAGCAGUCGCCCAACAAGCACAACCUUCGCUGCAAUGAAGAGUCCUGGUGGACCGUCAUGAGGAGACAUCCGGACUUCAAGGAGACGCAGAGUGACCCCGAAGAGACCCAGUUCACGGUCGCGCAGCCAGUCGACGCGAGGGUGGUGAUGCUGCUCGAGCUGACCCCGAGCACCGCCCACGACGCCCUCGCCCUCGCCCGCCGCUGGCUCGACGAGGGCGCGGAAGCCGGGACCUACGUGGGCGUCUUGCUCCUCCUGUCGGGAUUCAAGAACGCAGAAAAGGUCGCAGAGAUGACGCGUCUGUCUCUGUCCUCUCGCCUGAGCAUCACGGAGGCUCUGGAGAGGAGAGCGGAUGCUGCGAUGAGCGAGACGAGGUCAGGACCGCCAGCCAAAGUCAGGAAGGGCUUGCAGGAGGCUUCCAAGAUGUUGCCUGAUAUUACCCAUGGCAACGCCCUCGUCCUUAUGAUAUGCAGCAGCCCGGUGGAGAAAAAAGACCUCCGGGACAUAGAAAACGGUUGGACGACGCCGAUUUACACCAUCUCCUUAGGAAACGAGUCGAGUGACUUGAGAGAGUUCGUGGAGCAAACGAAAGGCAGAUUCAUUUCCUUUGACGACGCUCUAGACGAAGAUAAACAGCGGGAUCUCGUCUUCGAUGUGGCCAACUACGUCUCUCAGCCUCGUGAGCCUCCCAGCGAAGCUCCUAUUUUCUUGCAAAACGAGACGAUUUGGGGCAAGACUGAAGGCUCGAGCGUGCAACUCGACGGCACACCCGGAACCCUCGUCUUCCGCUUAACCACUAACAACCCGGACCACGUGAUGGAGCCGCCGUCGGUGAGGCCGCAGCACCCUCCCGGCGAAGCGUACCAGGCCAGGCCACGGGCUGGGUCGUCCUUGAACCAGUGGACCGUGGUCGUUGAUGAUGCCAGCACAAGGAAGCCUGGGGCAUGGGUCUGGCAAGUCAACACGACCGACGACGCAAAUUCGUUCGUGAGGCUGGAAACGCUUCUGGAGCCCGAGGCUGACGAAGGACCCGGGAUUCAUGUGGAUUCGUGGAUCGCCCCGAUCUCGGGACCUGACGGCGACGCUGGGACAUCUGACGGCGUCGUCCUGUUCGCGAGGGUGACGAAGGGCGAAGUCCCGGUCCUGGGCGCCGAGGUCGUCGCCCACGUGACCAGCGCAGAGAACAGCAGCGUGAAGCAGCAGUUGGCGCUCUUGGACUCCGGGAGCGGCGUCGACUCGCAGGCGGAGGACGGGGUCUACUCGCGCUUCCUCCCCCCGUUCGCGGUCGGCAGCUUCUCCGUCGACGUCAGGGUGACAAACAACGACACAAAGAUUCCACAAGCAGACAUAAAAGAACGCAGCCGAUACUCGCGUCCGAAAAUGUGCUGCGGAAGUACAUUUCCUUCUUCGACCAAGACGCUUCCUGUCCGCCAUCUGAACAGAAUAAGCCACGCAGGGACAGUCACGAUCACCAACUACCCUAAAGAGGACCGCACUUCGCCCUCCCGCGUGACUGACCUCCGGGUGAAGGAGGUGGCGCUGAGCGGCCUCUACUACGCGCGCGUGCGCCUGGCGUGGACGGCGACCGGCGACGACCGCGACUUCGGCCGAGCCUCCACCUACAGCGUCCGGGCCAGUCCCCGCCGAGGCCCCGAGAAGGCCGAGACGUGCGCCGACGCCUGCAUGGAGCUGGAGCCCUCGUUCGAAGCCGGGGCCGCGUCGCCGUCGGCAGGCGAGAGGGUGACCGCCAGCGUCCUCCUUCCGAGCCAUGGCCACGCCCACUUCUUCCUCGCCGUCACCGCUCAGGACGACGUCGGGAACGCCAGCCCGCCCUCGAACGUGGUGGCCGUGGAGAUGCGGGGCGGCCUGCUCCUCCAGUUCCAGCCAUGGGCGCGCCUCCUCCUGUGGCUCAUGAUCGGCUUGGUGGCGACGCUGGCGCUCGCACUGCCGCUGCUUCUGGCCUGCGACCGACACCAGUGCAGGUUCCUUUGGCGAGACAACUCCUUCCUCCUUGGCAAAUGUGAGCCGCUUGGCGGAAGCCAGGCUUAUAAUAUACCAAUAAAUGCGACUGAGCUGUAGCGCAGCCCCCGCGACUCAAAGCCGGGAUAAAAUCUUCCCUUGAUGUUGAGGCUUUGUAGUCAAGCCGCAGAUGAAUUUAGCUCAAGCAAGUUAGUGAUUGUAUUACACAGUGGGAACCUGAAAUGGUCGUGUCUGGAAUCCCGCUCCUGGCGAACUAGAGACCACUGGGAGCCUCACUAGCAAAAAUAACUGUCCUAGUAAACGUCUAAAGUGAUCAGCGCUGUGUGUGAUAGCAAUGACAAUGAACUACAGUUAUAUAUACUAUAACGUGACAGAGGAUAAAGGUUAUACUACAUUAGCAAAUACAUAGUUUGAAAGCCAAUGAUAACAGUAUGAUAGCAUAAUAAUGUGGAGGUCUCCGCCAUUAAGUCACACAGAAAAGAAACUCGGGUGUUAUUGUAAAAAUUGCAACCAUCCUAACCUUAAAACAAAUCACGAUCUUGAAAGCGUUUGAUCAAAAGACAAAUCACCGCCAAUAACUUUUUUUUCCCGAUGAAGACGAUUUCUUGACUACAUUCCGGAAACUUCACCAUUACGUUAGUCGAAGUUCAGUUUUCAUGUUCGGAAAUGGAGCUCUAAUGUUCACAGGAAUCUGAUAAUUUGAUCAUAGAUUGUGUUUCAUAGUUCAUAUUUCUUUUCUAAAAUCACGAUUCAUUGGUAGAAAUAACAGGACUUUAAACACAGAUUUAAAACACUGAUUAAGUCGCCGAUUUUUUUUCUCUCUCUCUCCUUGAUUAGAAGAACGUAAAGAGAAUGCUUUGUUCUACGUCUACUACUUUUCUACUUGCUUGAAUAAUAGGACGACGCUAGGAAAAAAAUGGAAUAUAAAAAAUCAGAAAUUCCCUCCUCUUGCUACUACAGUUGAACCAUUUGAACUGAGAAUGAACUGUAAGGAUGCCAGGGGGAAGAACACAUAUCAUGUGCAAGACAAUGCGGACAUAUGUGCAGAAAGAACAAAGUAGUACAGUAUAUUUCAUAAUUCAGGUACCUUUGAUAUCCUGCCCUGCUAUCGGGGCCAAUUUGUCUCUAAUUAGAGAUGGGUUCUGCGCAAAAGAAAAAAAAGAAAAGAAAAAAAGAAAAACGUUUGCAUUAUAGAUGGAGAUAGGAAUCCAAUGAUAUCAAAAUCCGUUUGGUGGAACUAUUCCAAAAUAUACCUAAUAAUAGUAGUAAGGAUGAUAAUGAUAACUAAAAAGGAUAAUGAAAAUAAUGAU